UGGAUGGAUGGAUGGACGGAUGGAUGGAUGAAUGGACGGAUGGAUGCACGGAUGGAUUGAUGGAUGGAUGGACGGAUGGAUGGAUGGAUGGAUGGAUGGAUGGAGAUAAAGCUUUAUUCUCUGCUGUCCAUCACAGCCUCCCCAGCGGUCCCUCGGGUGGGGUGUGUGUGUGUGUGUGUGUGUGUGUGUGUGUGUGUGUAGGGAGGGGGGGGGGGUCCUCGAUACUUGUCCAGGUUCCAAACCGGUCCGUUGACGUCAGUGCUGGACGUAUAAAGCCCCGCGUCCGCCUCCCGUCGCCCUCACUGGGACUUUGGAGACGAAGCGUCGCCGGUCGAUCGACCACAGAGUUCGUCUGCAGAGAAUCUGGAGAGAAUCAAGGAAGUUUCUCUGCCUGUGUGAGAACAGGAGAUGGAUUGUGGAUUAUUGAGAUGGCAUCAUAUAGUCUGAAAAAUACUUUGUAAAAUACCAGAAAUUACUGAUUGUGGUGAGAAUGACACACGUUAGAAAAAGAAGUUAUAACUUGUAUGUUUCCUCACUGCUCCAUGAGAAACGUUUCACAGACUCGCCUCAGUUCUUUAAUAAAGUGCCCGGUGGUGGUGGCGGAUCUUCUCCCCUGGUCGCAGGACAUGAAGCCGGUCUCCCUGCUCCUGCUCCUCUCCUCGGUCCUCCUCUCGUCACACCUCCGCCCCGCCGCCGGCCGACCGCGCGCCCUGCCCGCCGGCUGGCUGGAUGGCGGCGGCCGCCUCCAGACGCAGCGGCUGGACGAGGUGCUCCUCCGGGCGGCCGCCGCCGCCGCCGGCACCGGUCCCGGCACCGGCACCGGCACCGGCGCCUCCUCGGAGCCGCUGCAGGGCGACACCACCCUGAGGUUCUUCCGCAGGAGGAACCCGGAGCACCUGCGCCUGCUGCCCGCCGAGGAGGAGGAGGGCGAGGAGGAGGCGCUGCGCACGGCGGCGGAGCAGCUGCUGAAGCGCAGCGAGGAGCCGCCGCUGUCCAUCGACCUGACCUUCCACCUGCUGAGGAACAUGAUCCACAUGGCCCGCAUGGAGAACCAGAGGGAGCAGGCGCAGUUCAACCGCAAGGUGCUCGACGAGGUCGGGAAGUGAGGCCCCAGCAACGCGGAGGAGCCUCGGCUGCACAUCAGUGUCCGUUCCGUUUUACGCACAACGUGGUGCCAAAUUACGCACCGACGAAUACGCGAGAAAAAAAUGUGAAAAUUCUUAAAUGUUACUUAAAGACUCUGUUGGAGGAUGUGGGGAUGGACUCCUCAGACCCCCCCUCACCCUGUGGUCACAUCCACUGACCCCC